UCUCACUAUUCGUUUCUGAACAUUCGGAAGAUUCGGAAGUCGCGGCCUUUUGAGCGGAAAAACUUGUGUCCAAUAAGAUAGAAAACUUGCAACAAAAAUAAACCCGGCAUUUCAAACGCGUUUUGCAACUGAUUUUUUCAAAGCUAAAAAGGAUUCAAGGCCACGCCCCCGCCCCAAGGUUUACUUGUAGCAGCAGUGUGUGUGUUUUCCUGGCGCAUCGCUGUAUUUGUGUGUGUAUCCCGACGUCUCUUUUGCAGUCCUUUUUGCGUGGGUGUGCCAAAAAGGAGAAGAGGGAGAGAAAGAGACAGCAGCAAAAGAAAACAGUGAAAUUCCAGAACAUCAAAGCAAGUAAAUAAGGGCCGACAACAUGUCCGUUUCCUCGAACGCCUCCUCCGCCUCCAACAAGGACAGCGUGGACAGCCCCAGCAGCACCACCAACACGGACAGCUCCGAGCUGACGCACAUCCUCAACCGGCGCCAGGAGAUCAUGGACUCCCAGGAGGCGGGCAUCGAGGUGCGCCGCACCUACAAGGUUGUCAACGUCUACACCGACUUCCCCGAGUUCUCCCGGAACCAGAUCAAGGACUACCAGAAGACCUUCAACACAUACGAUACGGCUCGCGAUGGUUUCUUGGAUCUGCAGGAGCUCAAGUUCAUGAUGGAGAAACUGGGUGCGCCGCAAACCCAUCUGGGACUCAAGCAGAUGAUUGCCGAGGUGGACGAGGAUAACGAUGGCAAGAUCUCGUUCCGGGAGUUCUUGCUGAUCUUCAGGAAGGCCCAGGCCGGGGAACUUGACUCCGAUUCCGGGCUGAAUCAACUGGCCCGCCUCACCGAGGUCGAUGUAGAGCAGGUGGGCGUGAGUGGAGCAAAGAACUUCUUCGAGGCGAAAAUCGAGCAGCAGCUGCGGACGAACAAGUUUCACGACGAGAUCCGGGCGGAGCAGGAGGAGCGCCGGCGCGAGGAGGAGGAGCGGGCCCAGCGACGCCAGCAGUUCCAACAGCGGGCGGCGAUCUUCCAGUAGAGGAUCCAUACACUCCCACGUAGUCUAGCGCGUAAUUAUCUGGCGUAGGUUAAUCGAAUGUGGAACUAAUCCCGGGAGAAGAGGAUACGCUUCGUACAAGCAGCAGGCAUUUUCAAGCAUCACAUACAGUUUAUAUUAUCCAUAAUAAUCGCCCCGUAUAUUAUCUCGAUUGGCUGGUUAAAACAUCUUAGGAAUUGAAUGUUAUCUUUGAUUAAAAAAAGUGUUUCGAUUUUGAAACUACCUAUAGCCUAACUGCAAUUAUCCAAAAACAGCGUUCAAUUUCUAAUAUACAUUUUUUUGAGUCCAACCAAAUUGAGCCAUCUAGCCCUCACAUAAGCAUACAUACCUACAUAAAUAACGAUCAUACCAAAAGCGUAUUUAUAGUUAACCUUUAGUUAAGUGAAAAAUGUUUUAGCUUAAGACCUAUUUUAUUGUUUGGUGUUGCGCAAAAUUUCUUUGUUGAAUUACGUUUCCCUUGACGGUUGUUCAAAAUGUAUGUUUCUUUUACUUUACGAUUUUUACUUGUAGUGCCAUUAUUAUUUUCUGUUUUAAUUUUUGUUUAAAGAAAAAGAAAUCGAUAGUUAUGUUAAGCACAUCAAAUUGUGAAAUUCAACCUUCUUUGUAUAUACUAAAUCUACGUUGGCAUUCAAUCUUA